UCUGGCUCGGGGCAGUGACUGGGGUCCGGCUGGUGUUAAGAUGGCGGCAGCGGUCGGUGCCUCCGGGGCCGGAGCCCGCAACUAACCUCCUCCCUUGCGGCGGCCGCGGUUCCCAAGGCCCUGAGGUAGUGUGCCUUGACUGGAUUAGACCUACAGGAGACCCAGGAGACAUUUCACUGGGUCGGGAAGGCACGAAAGUUGGUGAAACAGGGAUUUGACAUUCAGACCAGGGCGAGUAUGGAUUGGCUGUAAUUCUAGGGUCCCGAAGUAAAAAAUUAUAAAAAUGAAAGUGGACAGGACUAAACUGAAGAAAACGCCUACUGAGGCUCCUGCGGACUGCAGGGCAUUGAUAGACAAACUUAAGGUUUGCAAUGAUGAGCAGCUUCUUCUGGAACUCCAGCAGAUCAAAACAUGGAACAUUGGGAAGUGCGAGCUGUACCACUGGGUGGACCUGUUGGACCGCUUCGAUGGCAUUCUGGCAGAUGCUGGGCAGACAGUGGAGAACAUGUCUUGGAUGUUGGUGUGCGACAGGCCAGAAAAAGAACAGCUGAAAUCCCUCCUAUUGGCUGUAUUAAAUUUCACAGCCUUGCUCAUAGAAUACAGCUUUUCUCGUCAUCUAUACAGUUCCAUAGAGCACUUAACGACAUUACUGGCAUCCUCUGACAUGCAAGUUGUGCUGGCUGUGCUUAACCUUCUGUAUGUGUUCAGCAAAAGAUCAAACUACAUCACCCGACUGGGCUCCGACAAGAGGACACCACUGCUCUCCCGGCUUCAGCAUUUAGCCGAGAGCUGGGGUGGAAAAGAGAACGGUUUUGGACUAGCAGAGUGUUGUAGAGACUUGCACAUGUUGAAAUACCCACCCAGUGCAACUACACUACACUUUGAAUUCUAUGCAGAGCCAGGGGCCGAGGUCAAAGUCGAGAAAAGGACAACCAGUAAUACACUACAUUAUAUUCAUAUAGAACAACUUGACAAGAUUUCAGAAAGUCCUUCUGAAAUCAUGGAAUCUCUCACCAAAAUGUAUAGCAUCCCAAAGGACAAGCAGAUGCUGCUAUUCACCCACAUACGGCUGGCCCAUGGCUUUUCUAAUCACAAAAAGAGGUUGCAAGCUGUUCAAGCCAGACUUCAUGCCAUAUCUAUAUUGGUGUAUUCCAAUGCCUUGCAAGAGUCAGCAAACAGUAUCCUGUAUAAUGGUUUGAUAGAGGAGCUGGUAGAUGUUCUUCAGAUAACAGACAAGCAGCUGAUGGACAUUAAGGCAGCGUCUUUGAGGACUUUAACAUCAAUUGUCCAUUUGGAGAGAACGCCAAAACUGAGCAGUAUUAUCGACUGCACUGGAACUGCCUCCUACCAUGGUUUCUUACCAGUUCUUGUCCGGAACUGUAUUCAAGCCAUGAUUGAUCCUACCAUGGAACCAUAUCCUCAUCAGUUUGCCACUGCUCUCUUCUCUUUCCUAUACCAUUUGGCCAGUUAUGAUGCAGGUGGAGAGGCCCUGGUAUCAUGUGGAAUGAUGGAAGCCUUACUUAAGGUAAUAAAAUUCCUUGGAGAUGAACAGGACCAGAUAACAUUUGUUACCAGAGCAGUCCGAGUGGUAGACCUCAUCACCAACCUGGAUAUGGCAGCUUUUCAGUCUCACAGUGGAUUAUCCAUCUUCAUUUAUAGAUUAGAGCAUGAAGUGGACUUGUGCCGAAAGGAGUGCCCUUUUGUUAUCAAGCCAAAGAUUCAGAGACCUAGUACAACCCAGGAAGGAGAAGAGAUGGAAACUGAUAUGGAUGUUUCCGACGUAGCCAUGGAAAGCAGUCCCGGCCCGUCCACCUCUACGGAUCACCGGGCUGCCGAUGCGGAAACGAGGGGACAACAGAGUGCCAUCGGCAGCAGUAGCGUUCUUGUUACACCCCGAACUGGAGUACAGUGUAUUCCACAGCGAGCAGCACUUCUGAAAUCAAUGCUGAAUUUCCUUAAGAAGGCCAUUCAGGAUCCAGCUUUCUCUGAUGGAAUACGACAUGUCAUGGACGGCUCCUUGCCUACCUCGCUAAAACACAUCAUCAGCAAUGCAGAGUAUUAUGGACCAUCCCUCUUCCUCUUGGCAACUGAAGUGGUGACAGUUUUCGUGUUCCAAGAGCCAUCACUGUUGUCCUCACUGCAGGACAAUGGUCUAACGGACGUAAUGCUGCAUGCCCUCCUCAUCAAAGAUGUCCCUGCAACCAGAGAAGUUCUAGGAUCGCUUCCAAAUGUGUUUAGUGCUCUGUGUUUAAAUGCACGUGGCCUUCAGUCAUUUGUGCAGUGUCAGCCUUUCGAGCGUCUCUUCAAGGUCCUGCUUUCCCCAGACUAUCUACCCGCCAUGCGGAGGAGAAGAAGCUCUGAUCCACUGGGCGACACUGCGUCCAACCUGGGCAGUGCUGUGGAUGAACUGAUGAGACAUCAGCCGACACUCAAAACCGAUGCCACGACGGCCAUCAUCAAGUUACUAGAGGAGAUCUGCAAUCUUGGAAGAGAUCCCAAGUACAUUUGUCAGAAGCCAUCCAUCCAGAAAGCUGACGGGACAGCCACCGCUCCUCCGCCUCGGUCCAAUCACGCAGCCGAAGAGGCCUCCAGUGAGGAUGAGGAAGAGGAAGAGGUACAGGCCAUGCAGAGUUUCAACACCACCCAGCAGAAUGAAACGGAACCAAGCCAGCAGGUUGUUGGGACGGAAGAGCGGAUCCCUAUCCCACUCAUGGAUUACAUCCUCAAUGUGAUGAAGUUUGUGGAGUCUAUUCUAAGUAACAACACAACAGAUGACCACUGUCAAGAGUUCGUGAAUCAGAAAGGUCUCUUACCUCUGGUGACCAUCCUGGGCCUUCCGAACCUGCCCAUCGACUUUCCCACAUCUGCUGCCUGUCAGGCUGUGGCCGGAGUCUGCAAAUCCAUAUUAACUCUAUCACAUGAGCCAAAAGUUCUUCAGGAAGGGCUUCUUCAGCUGGACUCAAUACUCUCCUCUCUGGAACCACUCCAUCGACCGAUUGAGGCACCCGGAGGAUCAGUGUUACUGCGAGAGUUAGCGUGUGCUGGCAAUGUAGCCGAUGCCACCCUUUCUGCCCAGGCUACCCCUCUGCUGCAUGCCCUCACCGCCGCACAUGCCUACAUCAUGAUGUUUGUUCACACCUGCAGGGUCGGACAGAGCGAGAUCCGAGCUAUCUCUGUGAACCAGUGGGGCUCCCAGCUGGGCCUAAGUGUCUUGAGUAAACUGAGUCAGUUGUACUGUUCCCUGGUGUGGGAAAGCACAGUAUUACUCUCACUCUGCACACCAAACAGCCUACCCUCUGGAUGUGAAUUUGGACAGGCAGACAUGCAGAAGCUGGUCCCCAAAGAAGAGAAAGCAACCAGCAAUACAGGCCAGGGAGCCAAACGGACAGAAGGUGAAACAGAAGGAACAGCGGGGAGUGUGGAGACUUCUGCCCAGGGAUUAUUGGAAGGAAUCGGCCUGGAUGGUGACACCCUGGCCCCUAUGGAAACAGAUGAACCCAGUACUUCGGACCCCAAAGGGAAAUCAAAAAUAACCCCAGCUAUGGCAGCCAGAAUCAAACAGAUAAAACCUUUGCUGUCAGCUUCCUCCAGGUUAGGCCGAGCUCUUGCUGAGCUGUUUGGACUUCUCGUGAAGCUCUGUGUGGGAUCUCCUGUGCGUCAGAGAAGGAGCCACCAUGCAGCCAGCACCACCACGGCCCCAACGCCCGCAGCUAGAUCGACAGCCUCAGCUCUCACCAAACUUCUCACCAAAGGCUUAUCCUGGCAGCCACCGCCUUACACACCGACUCCCAGGUUCAGGCUGACUUUCUUCAUCUGUUCUGUUGGCUUCACAUCCCCCAUGCUGUUUGAUGAGAGAAAGUAUCCCUACCACCUCAUGCUGCAGAAGUUCCUGUGCUCUGGAGGCCACAAUGCUCUUUUUGAGACUUUCAACUGGGCUCUGUCUAUGGGAGGCAAAGUUCCGGUUUCCGAGGGGCUGGAACACCCAGACCUGCCUGAUGGGACAGGAGAGUUCCUGGAUGCCUGGCUUAUGCUGGUGGAGAAGAUGGUGAAUCCAACCACGGUGCUCGAGUCCCCACACUCCCUGCCUGCCAAACUGCCCGGAGGCCAGAACUACCCCCAGUUCAGCGCCCUUCGCUUCCUGGUGGUAACUCAGAAGGCCGCCUUCACUUGUAUCAAGAACUUGUGGAAUCGGAAGCCUCUGAAAGUAUAUGGGGGGCGAAUGGCUGAAUCUAUGCUAGCCAUCCUUUGCCACAUCUUGCGAGGAGAGCCUGUGAUUCGAGAGAGACUGAGCAAGGAGAAAGAAGGGGCCAGAGGCGAAGAGGAGUCGGGACAGGAGGAAGGUGGCUCCCGCAGAGAACCUCAAGUCAACCAGCAGCAGUUGCAGCAGUUAAUGGACAUGGGCUUCACAAGGGAGCAUGCUAUGGAAGCCCUACUAAAUACCAGCACCAUGGAACAAGCCACGGAAUAUUUACUGACGCACCCACCUCCCCUGAUGGGUGGAGUUGUGCGGGAUCUGAGCAUGUCAGAAGAAGACCAGAUGAUGAGAGCCAUUGCCAUGUCUUUGGGACAGGAUAUUCCUAUGGAUCAGAGGGCAGAAUCACCUGAGGAAGCUGCUUGCAGGAAGGAGGAGGAGGAACGUAAAGCUCGGGAAAAGCAGGAAGAAGAGGAAGCCAAAUGCCUGGAGAAAUUCCAGGAUGCUGAGCCCCUAGAGCAGGAGGAGCUGCAUAGUUUCACAGACACCAUGCUGCCAGGCUGCUUUCAUCUCCUAGACGAGCUGCCAGAUACAGUUUACCGGGUGUGUGAUCUGGUGAUGACAGCCAUCAAACGUAAUGGAGCUGACUACCGGGACAUGAUUCUGAAGCAGGUUGUUAAUCAGGUGUGGGAAGCGGCUGAUGUUCUAAUCAAAGCAGCGCUCCCCUUAACAACUAGUGACACAAAAACAGUCUCUGAAUGGAUCAGUCAAAUGGCUACCCUCCCUCAGGCCUCAAAUUUGGCUACCAGGAUCUUGCUUUUGACGCUGCUCUUUGAGGAACUGAAGCUGCCUUGUGCUCGGGUGGUUGAAUCCAGUGGAAUCCUGAAUGUUUUGAUUAAACUGUUAGAGGUAGUUCAGCCUUGUCUACAAGCCGCCAAAGAGCAGAAGGAAGUUCAAACACCUAAGUGGAUUACCCCUGUACUGCUCCUGAUAGAUUUUUAUGAGAAGACAGCUAUUUCCUCUAAAAGAAGAGCACAGAUGAACAAGUACUUACAGGCCAACAGUAAUAAUUGGCGCUGGUUCGACGAUCGCUCUGGACGCUGGUGCAGCUACAGCGCAAGCAACAACAGCACCAUUGACGCAGCCUGGAAGGCCGGAGAGACAAGCGUCCGCUUCACAGCCGGCCGGAGAAGAUACACCGUUCAGUUCACGACUAUGGUUCAAGUCAAUGAAGAAACAGGUAACAGACGCCCAGUGAUGCUGACUCUCUUGAGAGUGCCCCGGUUAAACAAAAACUCCAAAAAUGGCAAUGGGCAAGAGCUGGAGAAAACCCUUGAAGAAGGGAAAGAAAUGGAAAUCAAACCCAAGGAGGAGAAAGCUAAUGAAAUUCCCUUGCCUCCAGAGAGUGCAAACACCGAGAAGGAACUGACGCCCGAAGACACCAAACUGGGGGACAUCACGAUCCAGGGUCUGACGGAGGAGAUGGUGACCGUCUUGAUUCGAGCCUGCGUCAGCAUGCUGGGAGUCCCAGUGGACCCAGAUACGUUGCACGCCACUUUGCGUCUCUGCCUCCGCCUCACCCGCGACCACAAGUACGCCAUGAUGUUCGCGGAGCUCAAGAGCACCCGCAUGAUCCUGAACUUGACGCAGAGCUCAGGCUUCAAUGGCUUCACGCCCCUGGUCACCCUCCUCUUCCGACACAUCAUCGAGGAUCCCUGCACUCUGCGGCACACUAUGGAAAAGGUUGUGCGUUCAGCCGCUACCAGCGGAGCAGGUAGCACCACAUCCGGGGUGGUGUCUGGCAGCCUCGGCUCUCGGGAGAUCAACUACAUACUCCGGGUUCUUGGACCAGCUGCGUGCCGCAACCCGGACAUCUUCACCGAGGUGGCCAACGGUUGUAUUCGUAUCGCCCUGCCGGCUCCUCGGGGAUCUGGGACUGCUUCAGAUGAUGAAUUUGAGAAUCUGAGGAUCAAGGGCCCAAAUGCUGUGCAGCUGGUAAAGACAACCCCAGUGAAACCCUCUUCUCUCCCCAUCAUUCCGGACACCAUCAAGGAAGUGAUUUAUGACAUGCUGAAUGCUCUGGCUGCCUACCAUGCCCCAGAGGAAGCAGACAAGUCAGAUCCCAAACCAGGGGUGAUGACUCAGGAGGUUGGCCAGAUCCUGCAAGACAUGGGAGAUGAUGUAUAUCAACAGUAUCGCUCUCUGACACGCCAGGGGAGCGACUUUGAAACCCAGUCCGGGUUUGCCAUUAACACUCAAGUUUUUGCUGCUGAUGGAGCAGCCACGGAAACACCUCAAUCAGGAACCCCCCAAGGAGAAGCCUCAACUCCCGAAGAGUCUCGGGAAGGAAAGAAGGACAAGGAGGGGGACCGGGCCUCUGAAGAAGGCAAGCAGAAAGUCAAAGGCAGCAAACCCUUAAUGCCCACUUCCACCAUCCUUAGGCUGCUGGCAGAAUUGGUGAGGUCCUACGUUGGGAUUGCCACUCUGAUUGCCAACUACAAUUACACCGUGGGCCAGUCGGAGCUGAUCAAAGAGGAUUGUAGCGUACUGGCUUUUGUCUUGGACCACCUCCUCCCUCACACCCAGAACGCGGAAGACAAAGACACCCCAGCGCUGGCUCGUCUCUUCCUCGCCAGUCUGGCAGCUGCAGGGAGCGGCACAGAUGCCCAGGUGGCCCUUGUUAAUGAAGUGAAAGCUGCUCUCGGCCGGGCCCUGGCAAUGGCGGAAAGUACAGAGAAACACGCCAGACUUCAGGCAGUGAUGUGCAUCAUCAGCACCAUCAUGGAGUCUUGUCCCUCCACCUCUAGCUUCUAUAGCAGUGCUACUGCCAAAACCCAGCACAAUGGCAUGAAUAACAUCAUCCGACUUUUCCUUAAAAAGGGACUGGUGAAUGACCUGGCCAGAGUGCCUCACAGCCUUGAUCUCUCCAGUCCCAACAUGGCCAACACUGUCAAUGCGGCCCUAAAGCCUUUGGAGACGCUCUCACGCAUCGUAAACCAGCCCAGCAGCCUCUUUGGCAGCAAAAGUGCUUCCAGCAAGAGCAAAUCAGAACAGGAUGCACACGGAGCCUCUAGGGAUGCUAACAGCAACCAGCAGGAUUCAGGAGAGACUGGGGAGGCAGAAGUCCACGAGGAGGAUCACGAUGUCACCCAGACGGAGGUGGCGGAUGGAGAUAUCAUGGACGGGGAAGCCGAAAAUGACACGGUGGUGAUUGCCGGGCAGCCUGAAGUGCUCAGUACACAGGAGAUGCAGGUAGAAAAUGAACUGGAAGACCUGAUUGAUGAGUUGCUGGAGAGAGAUGGUGGAUCUGGGAAUAGUACAAUCAUAGUGGGCAGAAGCGGGGAAGACGAAUCCCAAGAAGAUGUGUUAAUGGAUGAAGCUCCCUCCAACCUCAGCCAGGCUUCCACCUUGCAGGCCAACAGAGAAGAUUCAAUGAACAUCUUGGAUCCCGAAGAUGAAGAGGAGCACACCCAGGAGGAAGACAGUAGUGGCAGCAAUGAAGAUGAAGAUGAUAGUCAAGAUGAGGAGGAAGAGGAGGAGGAAGAUGAAGAAGAUGACCAAGAUGAUGAAGAGGGUGAAGAAGGAGAUGAGGACGAUGAUGACGAUGGUUCUGAAAUGGAACUGGACGAAGAUUAUCCAGAUAUGAAUGCUUCUCCCCUGGUUCGGUUUGAGCGCUUCGACCGAGAUGAUGAUCUCAUCAUUGAGUUUGACAACAUGUUCUCUAGUGCCACGGACAUACCCCCAUCUCCAGGCAACAUUCCUGCCACCCACCCUCUAAUGGUGCGGCAUGCAGAUCAUAGCUCCCUGACACUUGGCAGUGGCUCUUCAACCACCCGCCUCGCCCAGGGCAUUGGACGCAGCCAGAGAACACUGCGGCAGCUGACUGCCAACACGGGUCACACCAUUCACGUCCAUUACCCCGGGAACCGCCAGCCCAACCCUCCAUUGAUUCUGCAGAGGUUGCUAGGCCCCUCGGCCGCUGCCGACAUCCUUCAGCUGAGCAGCAGCCUCCCCCUCCAGAGCCGGGGCCGGGCACGUCUCCUGGUGGGUAACGACGACGUCCACAUCAUUGCCCGUUCGGACGAUGAGCUUCUGGACGACUUCUUCCACGACCAGGGCACGGCCACCAGCCAAGCAGGAACCCUUUCCAGUAUUCCAACAGCUCUGACCCGAUGGACAGAGGAAUGCAAAGUUCUUGACGCAGAGAGCAUGCAUGACUGCGUUUCAGUGGUGAAAGUGCCUAUCAUCAAUCACCUGGAAUCUCUUCGAGAUGAGGAGCUGGAGGAGCGGAGGGAGAAACGCAGGAAGCAGCUAGCUGAAGAAGAAGCCAAGAUGGCUGAUAAGGCAAAAGAAGAGAAGGAAAACAAAGAUCAGAAUUCCCAGGGUGCCACGUCCAAAACGAAUAGUUCGGCUGAGCAGAAUCUCUCAGAUCGAACUCCCCGGCCCGACAACUACCCGUCGGCCGCAUCUUCGGCCGAAGGCACCUCGGCCGGUCCCAAGCAGACCCACGUCACCCUGGAAACCUCUCAGCAGCAACCACCGCCGUCCAUGGGUGAGCUUCCCCAAGAGCUACAGGUUCCCCCGGGAGCGGAAGCCUCUACGCAACUGCUGAUGCCCGUGGAGCAAGAGGAUCUGGGACCCGGGAGACCAAGCGGAGAGACAGAGGCCACGCAGAUGGAGCUGUCACCAGCGCCCACUAUAACCUCCUUAUCCCCAGAGAGAGCCGAGGACUCGGAUGCUCUGACCGCCGUGAGCAGCCAGCUGGAGGGUUCACCCAUGGACACUAGCAGCUUGGCGUCUUGCAACCUAGAGGAGGGGGUCGGGGACGGCGCGGGGGCCGGCAGCGUGGAACAGCCUGGGGUGGACACCACCGCUCCGGUGGACCCCGCCCAGGCAGGUGCCGAGCCUCAGGGAAGCAACGAUGGGCCUGUGGAUUCCACCCAGCCAGGAGAGGACAGCUCUCCCCCAGCCUCUUCCUCUGAGAGCUCCUCCACCAGGGAUUCUGCCGUAGCCAUUUCUGGAGCAGAUUCCAGAGGGAUCCUGGAGGAACCUUUGCCCUCAACAAGCAGUGAAGAAGAUGACCCUCUCGCAGGCAUCAACCUCCCCGAGGGAGUAGACCCGUCCUUUCUGGCCGCGCUGCCUGACGACAUCCGCCGGGAAGUCCUGCAGAACCAGCUGGGGAUCCGCCCACCGGCACGGGCUGCUCCCACGACCCCUACCCCGGCUCCCCCAGUGGUGGGUAACCCUGGGGUGACCGAAGUGAGCCCCGAGUUCUUAGCGGCCCUUCCCCCGGCAAUUCAAGAGGAGGUGUUGGCCCAGCAGAGAGCGGAACAGCAAAGGAGAGAGCUGGCCCAGAGUGCCAGCUCUGACACUCCCAUGGACCCAGUGACCUUCAUCCAGACCCUGCCCUCGGAUCUGCGGCGCAGCGUGCUGGAGGACAUGGAGGACAGCGUUCUGGCAGUUAUGCCCCCGGAUAUCGCUGCCGAGGCCCAGGCUCUUAGGCGGGAGCAGGAAGCCAGGCAAAGACAGCUCAUGCACGAGAGGUUGUUCGGGCACAGCAGCACCUCCGCGCUCUCGGCCAUCCUUCGGAGCCCGGCCUUCACGAGUCGCCUGAGUGGCAAUCGAGGAGUCCAGUACACACGUCUUGCCGUGCAAAGGGGUGGCACUUUCCAGAUGGGCGGGAGCAGCAGCCACAACAGGCCCUCUGGCAGCAACGUGGACAGCCUCCUGCGUCUCAGGGGGCGGCUGCUUCUGGACCACGAGGCCUUGUCGUGUCUCCUGGUUCUUCUCUUCGUGGACGAACCCAAGCUCAACACCAGCCGCCUGCAUAGGGUCCUGCGCAACCUCUGCUACCAUGCCCAGACCCGCCACUGGGUCAUCCGGAGCCUGCUGUCCAUCCUGCAGCGCAGCAGUGAGAGCGAGCUCUGCAUCGAGACCCCCAAGUCCUCGGUGGCCGAGGAGAAGGGCAAGCGUUCGGCCAAAGGCUGCGCCGCGGGCGGCCACGAGAACAGGCCCCUCGAUUUGCUGCACAAGAUGGAGUCCAAGAGCUCCAACCAACUCUCUUGGCUCUCCGUGUCCAUGGAUGCCGCCCUCGGCUGCCGGACUAACAUUUUCCAGAUCCAGCGAUCUGGGGGGCGCAAGCACACGGAGAAGCACGCCGGUUGUGGCGCCACCGUUCACAUCCACCCUCAGGCAGCCCCCGUUGUCUGCCGACACGUCCUAGAUACGUUAAUACAGUUAGCCAAGGUGUUCCCCAGCCACUUCACCCAGCAGCGGACCAAAGAAACAAACUGUGAGAGCGACCGGGAGAGGAGCACCAAACAGUCGUGUAGCCCCUGCCCUGGGCAGUCCACGAGCAGUGGCAUCUCCACUGACUUCUGGGACUUGUUAGUCAAACUGGACAACAUGAACGUCAGCCGGAAAGGCAAGAACUCCAUUAAAUCGGUGCCGGUGAGCGCCAGCGGCGAAGGGGAGAGCUCCCAGUACAGCCUCGAGGCGUCGCCGCUGGGGCAGCUCAUGAACAUGUUGUCUCACCCCGUCAUCCGGCGCAGCUCCCUCCUGACGGAGAAGCUCCUAAGACUCCUCUCGCUCAUCUCCAUCGCUCUGCCGGAGAACAAAGGGACGGAAGCGCCGGCCAAUCACGGCGCCGCCGCCCCCGCUCCCGCCGCUGCUCCCUCUGUCGCCUCUGCCGCCGCCCCCGCCCCCUCCUCGGCCACCACCCCCGCUCCCGCUCCCGUCCUGGCAGCGGCGACCGCCGUUGCGGCCAUCGCGACGACCGCCGUCGCGGCCAUCGCCACGGCCGCCGCUUCUACCGCGGUGACGACCACCGUCAACGCCACUGCUACUUUACCGACUUCCACCAAGAGCAGUAAAUCUCCAGCGAAAGCCAGCGAAGGUGGAGGUGGUGGUGGAGCGGACAACAAGAUGGUGGCUUCGGGCCUGACCGAAAACCAGCUGCAGCUGUCUGUGGAGGUGUUGACCUCUCACUCUUGUUCAGAAGAAGGUCUGGAAGAUGCAGCCAAUGUUUUACUGCAGCUUUCUAGGGGUGAUCCGGGAACCCGGGACACUGUACUCAAGCUGCUAUUGAAUGGAGCCCGGCAGCUGGGAUACACCCUCUGCAAGCAGAUAGGUACCCUUUUAGCUGAGCUUCGUGAGUACAACCUGGAACAGCAGAGGCGGGCUCAGUGUGAGACUCUGUCUCCAGAUGGCCUGCCAGAGGAACAGCCACAGACCACCAAGUUGAAAGGCAAAAUGCAGAGCAGGUUCGACACAGCUGAGAACGUGGUGAUCGUGGCAUCUCAGAAACGCCCGCUUGGCGGCCGGGAGCUGCAGUUGCCCUCCAUGUCGAUGCUGACGUCCAAGACCUCGACCCAGAAGUUCUUCCUGAGGGUCUUACAAGUUAUCAUCCAGCUCCGAGAUGACACUCGCAGAGCGAACAAGAAGGCCAAGCAGACAGGCAGGCUAGGUACUUCCAGUCUGGGCUCGGCUAGCAGCAUCCAGGCAGCUGUUCGGCAGCUGGAGGCUGAGGCUGAUGCCAUUAUACAAAUGGUACGUGAGGGUCAAAGGGCGCGGAGACAGCAGCAAGCAGCAACGACGGAGUCAGGCCAGUCGGAAGCUUCCGCGCGGAGAGAUGAGUCCCCCAUGGACGUGGAUCAGCCGUCGCCAGCCACGCAGGAUACCCAGUCGGUCGGCUCGGAAGGAUCUCAACAAGGUGAAAAGGAAAAGGAGGAGAGGCCGCCAGACCUCCCUCUGCUGAGUGAACAGUUAAGCCUGGAUGAGCUGUGGGACAUGUUGGGCGAGUGCUUGAAGGAACUGGAGGAGUCGCAUGACCAGCAUGCCGUGUUAGUGCUGCAGCCCGCUGUCGAGGCCUUCUUUUUGGUCCAUGCCACGGAACGGGAGAGCAAGCCGCCUAUCCGGGACACACGGGAGAGCCAGUUGGCCCACAUCAAGGAUGAACCCCCUCCGCUCUCUCCUGCUCCCUUAACCCCGGCCACCCCUUCCUCUCUGGACCCGUUCUUCUCGCGGGAACCCUCUUCUAUGCAUAUCUCCUCCAGCCUGCCUCCUGAUACACAGAAGUUCCUUCGCUUUGCAGAGACUCAUCGCACUGUGUUAAAUCAGAUCCUGCGUCAGUCCACCACCCACUUGGCAGAUGGGCCCUUCGCCGUCCUUGUGGACUACAUCCGGGUCCUCGACUUCGAUGUCAAGCGCAAAUAUUUCCGCCAAGAGCUAGAACGUCUGGAUGAGGGCCUCCGGAAAGAGGAUAUGGCCGUGCACGUCCGCCGGGAUCACGUGUUCGAAGACUCCUACCGUGAGCUGCACCGCAAAUCCCCCGAGGAAAUGAAGAAUCGAUUGUAUAUAGUAUUUGAAGGAGAAGAAGGUCAAGAUGCUGGGGGGCUGCUGCGUGAGUGGUACAUGAUCAUCUCACGGGAAAUGUUUAACCCCAUGUACGCCUUGUUCCGUACCUCGCCUGGUGACCGGGUCACCUACACCAUCAACCCCUCCUCCCACUGCAACCCUAACCACCUCAGCUACUUCAAAUUCGUUGGCCGCAUCGUUGCUAAGGCAGUCUACGAUAACCGGCUCCUGGAAUGUUACUUCACCCGAUCCUUUUACAAGCAUAUCUUGGGCAAAUCAGUCAGGUACACAGAUAUGGAGAGUGAAGACUACCACUUUUACCAGGGCCUGGUUUACCUGUUGGAAAAUGACGUUUCCACUCUUGGCUACGACCUCACUUUCAGCACAGAGGUUCAGGAAUUUGGAGUCUGUGAAGUUCGUGACCUCAAACCAAAUGGAGCCAAUAUCUUGGUAACAGAAGAGAACAAGAAGGAGUACGUGCAUCUGGUUUGCCAGAUGAGAAUGACAGGAGCAAUCCGCAAACAGCUAGCCGCCUUUUUGGAGGGCUUCUACGAGAUCAUUCCGAAGCGCCUCAUCUCCAUCUUCACGGAACAGGAACUGGAGCUGCUCAUUUCAGGACUGCCUACGAUUGACAUUGAUGACCUGAAAUCUAACACGGAAUAUCACAAGUAUCAGUCCAACUCCAUCCAGAUCCAGUGGUUCUGGAGAGCCCUGCGUUCCUUCGAUCAGGCGGACCGCGCCAAAUUCCUCCAGUUCGUCACCGGCACCUCCAAAGUGCCCCUCCAAGGUUUUGCUGCGCUAGAGGGGAUGAAUGGCAUUCAGAAGUUCCAGAUUCACCGUGACGAUAGGUCUACAGACAGGUUGCCUUCAGCUCACACAUGUUUUAACCAGCUGGACCUGCCGGCCUACGAGAGCUACGAGAAACUACGCCACAUGCUGCUGUUGGCUAUCCAAGAGUGCUCGGAGGGCUUUGGCCUGGCUUAAAAGAGCCACUGCCCCUUGUUAUUUUUCUACUGUUGAACCUGGGGAGGGGGAAAAACAAAACAAAAAAAAAAAAGGAAGAAAACUCAAAUAAAUAAAGUAAACCAACCAUGUGUGUGUCCCGCUGCCCUGCCCCUCCCCAGCGCGUCCACCCUGCCCCCACGUGAGAGAGGAGGAACCAGCCUUCACCAGGACCUGCCUGAAUGAACAGUGUGCACCACAGAUCCUCUUCUCAGAAGGAUUUGCUGUAUUGAGACUUGAAACAUUUGGAUAGGGGAAAAAUUAUAUAUAUAUACAUAUAUAUAUAUUUUUUUGUUCUGUUUGCAUUUCUUAAUUUGUGCUUGGAAUGUGUUGAUGUGCACAUCUAAUGAUUCAAUGAGAGGAAAAUUUGGCACCGGUGUCAUGGAGAUGAGGUUUAAAAUAAAGAGCACUCUUGAUAAGAACUCAUUUUUCACAAUGCUAUUUUUUCCAGCUUGAGUAAAACCUUGUAAAUAAUAAUAAUUAAAAAAAAACCCAGAUAUCUGGGGAAAAAAAAAAUCAGAAAACCACUCCCCCCUGCAACAGAGGGAGUUCUCACUUGAAGGCGGUUUUCCAAGGGGACGUGGGGACUCCUAGGAGGGGCAAGAUGGCCAACUCGUCUCCAGAAAUCAUGGGAAAAUCUAUCCGAUAAACAGGGCAUCUGCUCGUGGACAAUGAAACGAUUUUUAAGAUUGCAGAUGGGAACGGAACCAACAGAGGGAAGCAACACCUUGUAUCGAAGAAAACAAAAAAUGUACAAAAUGUGCAGAACAAACAGCCAAGUUUUUUAGUUUGUUUUUUUGCUCUUCUAUUUAUUCAGUAAACCUUUUUUUUAAAAAAUUGAAAAUUUGGGGAUUAAUCAAACUGUUUGGAUUUCGUGUUUUAGAUUGGAAAAUCAUUAAAACGUUUUUUAAAAAACAAAAAGGAAUUUUUGCAAGUUCUCCAACAGAAGAGCCUUCUGAAAGCCUGGGAGUGUGUGUGGAUCCAAUUUAACUCUCUUUUCUCUGAGCCGGUCACCUAAUCAGCCUGUCUUGGCUUUUACUACUUCCAGUGCUCCUCCAGCUGAACAGGGGCUUUGUCAGUUUAGUCCUUCAAAGGAAAAAAAAAUUCAAUAAAGGUUUAGUUUGAAAGAUA